UUUACGCAACAGGAUAAAUCAUUCUUUCAAUCAAAGAACUUUUAAACAUGUGGACAAUUCCGAAGCCAAACUAUACCACUGGUUUGUGCAGAGAGGGGGAGAUUGCUGUGAACGUCGGGGGAGUCCGUGUGGUGCUCUUCGGGGAUGUUUUGAACCACUACCCGGAGAGCAGACUGGCAGAGUUGUUGAACUGCCCAACUCAGAAUCACGAUGCCAUCUCAUCGCUCUGUGAUGACUUUGACCCGGGGAAGAAAGAGUUUUAUUUCGACAGAGAUCCAGAUGCUUUCAAGUGCAUCAUCGACGUUUACUACUUUGGUGAAAUCCACAUCAAACGCGGGAUUUGUCCGAUUUGUUUCAUCAAGGAGAUGGAGUUCUGGAAGAUAGACCCAAGUGUUUUAGACGAGUGCUGCAAAAGUUACUUAAGUGAGAAAGAGGAGGAGCUGAGGGAGAUUGCAAACAAAGUGAAAGUUAUUCUGGAGGAUCUAGAGGUGGAACAGUGCUUCACGCGCGCCCAGCGAUGCCAGAGGUUCCUGUGGAGGCUGAUGGAGAAGCCGGGGUCCUCACCACCGGCGCGCUUCAUCGCCAUCGCAUCCUUCCUCUCCGUCCUGAUCUCGGCGGUUGUGAUGUGCGUGGGGACCAUCCCAGAGCUGCAGGUGACAGACGAGGAGGGGAAACAGGUGGAGCACCCGGUCCUGGAAGGGAUUGAGACCGCGUGCAUGUCCUGGUUCACAGCGGAGUACCUGCUGCGUCUCGCCUCCUCUCCAAACAAGCUGCACUUCGCUCUCUCCAUCAUGAACAUCAUAGACUUUAUGGCUAUUAUUCCUUUCUACGUGGUCCUCUCCCUCACAUAUCUCGGCACCUCAUCCAUGAUGGAGCUGGCUAACGUGCAGCAGGCAGUGCAGGCGCUCCGCAUCAUGCGUAUCGCGCGUAUUUUCAAGCUGGCGCGCCACUCCUCUGGGCUGCAGACUCUCACCUACGCGCUGAAGAGGAGCCUGAAAGAGCUGGGGCUGCUCCUCAUGUACAUGGGUGUUGGCAUCUUUGUGUUCUCAGCGCUGGCUUACACCAUGGAGCAAAGCCACCCAGAGACCCUCUUCAGGAGCAUCCCGCAGUCCUUCUGGUGGGCCAUCAUUACCAUGACCACGGUGGGCUACGGCGACAUCUACCCCAAAACCACGCUCGGGAAGUGCAACGCGGCCGUCAGCUUUCUGUGUGGGGUGAUAGCCAUCGCCCUGCCUAUCCACCCCAUCAUUAACAACUUUGUGGUUUUCUACAAUAAACAGAAAGUGUUGGAAACAGCGGCGAAGCAUGAAGUGGAGCUGAUGGAGCUGAAGUCUGGAGGGGACAACGAGCGCAGGAGAAGCAGGAGUUAGGAACAAGAUUUUGACUCACCGACAGUUUGAACAAAAGGACCUUGACAUGUUGUAAAAAUGUAAUGCACCAAUGAUACUUAAAUCAGAGAGUCCAGGCUUUGAAAUUAAGACUCUUUUUAAAGGACCUGCAGACACGUUUGGACAGCUCCGUGCUGAAACCUGUACAGGUUAUUUUGAUUGUGCUUCAUGCUGCUUAUUCCAUACUUCAGCUAUUUCAUCAUCUCUAUGUAUUGUUAUUAAACAGGCUAUCAUCACAGCAUUAAAAGAUGUGCAUGAAAAAACUUGAAUAAAAAAAAUGAAAAUAAAUUCAGGUUAUAUGGAAGAAAAGUCAUGUUAUUAUGAGGUUAUAUUUGGUUUCAAAUUGAUCAGAUGGGCAGAUACGUCUGGACUUGUGUGAGAAUAAGCUUCAAUAAAUCUGACAAAUGACACCUGGAAA